UGCAUCCACUGCAUAGCAACACAUUCUUGCCACAAACGUUUGUGCAGCCGGUUCCAAAUUGGUGUCGAUAUUCAUUAAAAUUUCAGAAAUAUAACUGUUUUUAGUUCAGUUAAAAAUGUCCAACUCGAAACCACUCUUGGGCUAUCAUGACUUGCGAGGGCUCGCGUACCCGGUAAAGUGGGCAUUGGCUUAUCUAGGAGUGGACUACGAAGAGAAGAAAUAUCCUCUCAGUCAGGCAGGCUUGGAAGAAUAUGGGGCAGAGAAGGGAAAUUUAGGCCUCGAUUUGCCAAACCUUCCGUACUGGAAAGAUGGCUCCAUCAACCUGACCGAGUCUCGAGCCAUUUUGAAGUACAUUGCGCGGAAGGAAGGAAACGGCGUCUUAAUGCCGAGCGACCCCAUCGUUUUGGCAAAGGCGGAAAUGAUGGAGAAUUUCUUAUGGGACGUGUGGUACUUCUUGGUUUGGAGAUGUUUCCAUGACACCGAACCCUUCAUCACUUCUCUGAAGGAACGUGGUCCACCAAAGUGGGACAUGCUGCAUAGUUUCUUGGGCAGCAAUAAAUUUAUUCUUGGAGAUAAGAUCUCCUACGUGGAUUUCAUGCUGUACGAAAUGCUGUACCAGUACACCUUGUACGAUGCGGAUUAUCUCGAACGGUAUCCAGCUCUGUUGAAGUAUAAGAGCAAUUUCGAGGAGAUUCCGCAAAUCAAGAAAUUCAUUGCUUCUCCCGGAUACCUUAAGGGACCCUGUUAUCAUCCCCUCUUCAUGAAAUAUAAAUGUCAAGAUUUGACCGUUUAGCCAUUUUUUCAAGCUGUUUGCAAAGAUUUUUUCAGAAAUCUGAAAUAAAUACAAAAAACGUAUUUGCAUAUGUA